ACACAGACCUUCCUUUCUUGUCAAAGCUUCUGAGAGUUACCUUGGAGGAUGAGAGUAGAAGCAAAUCCAGGCCAGUAUGUAUAAAAGCCAGGUCGGGAGAACAAUCCUGAAGGGCCAUUCCCACGUAGGACGUGUGGGCCGCCUGCUAGGUGAGUGGGCAGAGCGCCAGAUAGAGGUGCAUUGCAAGGCUGCCCAGGGCUGGGGACAGGAUCCCUGAAGGGAGUGAGGGGCUUGGGGCCACCUGUGCAAACUGCAGAUACCAAAGAAUGGACUCCUGAAGGGGCCUGGGGCAUUGCAGCUCUGGACCUUGGAGAGAGGAGACAGAAGGGAGCCGAGUAAGCUGAGCUGGUUGGAGAGACUGGGCUAAUCAGCCAGCCACCCCACGAGAUGGCAGAGAGCAGGUGGGAGAUGUGAGGAAGUCUACACAGAGAGAAAGGAGACUCAGCUUUGCAGAAAUCACCAAGGACCUGAGUCCCUCAGCAGAGGGUCAGGUGGCUCUGCAAGUAAGCUCUGACUCAAAGCAGAGGGAAGAGAACUGGACACCAAGCAGUGGAGGAGAUGGAAAUCCUGUAUGAAUGUGGAAGCCAUUAGCAGAGUAAUUGCUGUCUGUUGCCAUGACAACCAGCCGCUGCAGUCACCUGCCCGAAGUGCUGCCCGACUGCACCAGCUCAGCUGCGCCGGUGGUGAAGACCGUGGAGGACUGUGGCAGCCUAGUGAAUGGGCAGCCACAGUAUGUCAUGCAAGUUUCGGCCAAGGACGGGCAGCUGCUGUCAACAGUAGUGCGGACUCUUGCCACCCAGAGCCCCUUCAAUGACCGGCCGAUGUGCAGGAUCUGCCAUGAGGGCAGCAGCCAAGAGGACUUGCUCUCUCCAUGUGAAUGUACGGGGACCUUGGGGACAAUUCAUCGGAGCUGCCUGGAGCACUGGCUGUCCUCCUCAAACACCAGCUACUGUGAACUCUGCCACUUCAGGUUUGCAGUCGAGCGCAAACCCAGGCCGUUAGUGGAGUGGCUCCGAAACCCAGGCCCUCAGCACGAGAAGCGGACUCUGUUCGGAGACAUGGUGUGCUUCUUGUUCAUAACCCCACUGGCCACCAUCUCAGGCUGGCUCUGCCUGCGGGGCGCCGUGGACCACCUGCACUUUAGUAGCCGGCUCGAGGCCGUCGGGCUCAUUGCACUCACUGUCGCACUCUUCACUAUUUACCUCUUUUGGACACUAGUGUCAUUUAGGUACCACUGUCGAUUGUACAACGAAUGGCGUCGGACCAAUCAAAGGGUGAUUCUCCUCAUUCCAAAGUCUGUCAACGUACCUUCUAACCAGCAGUCCUUGCUGGGCCUCCAUUCUGUCAAGAGGAACUCAAAGGAGACCAUUGUUUGACAUCUGUGUGGUUGGUUGGUUGAUUCGUUGUUUGGGUUCGGACGUUUCUGCACUGGGGCCAUGCACUGAGCCACCCCCAAACCGUUCCUGAAGCCCGUGGGUCUGAGAACAUUCAGAGCCGUGUUAGCUCAUCACCCUGAGCAACGAACUCUGCCAGAAGAAAGAAAAUGCUGUUGAACUUCAAAUUAUGGAUGCUGCAAUCAUAUGAUAUUUGCUAAGCUGCCAAACAUGUUCAUUUAGCAGAUACUGUAUGGAAUUUUCUUAACACCUCUUUAACAUACAAGGAAGGUUGUCCUGCCAAGGAUGCAAUUCAAUUCUUCCUUUUUUAUUACUAUUUCAAAUAUAUACAUAUAUAUAUAUAUACAUAUAUAUAUAUUAAACUUAGAUGAUAAUCAAAAUUGAAAAGCCAAUGUUAAAACUGGUUUCUUGGUUUGGAUGGAUUUUGUUUGGGUUACUCUAUUUGUUUCUGGUUUCUACUGUAGAUUCUUUGGGGUCAUUUGAUAGCUUGAGUGGUCUUUUUCAUCUCUUUCAUGUCCCUUACUCAAGGGGACAGCAUAACAGCUGCAGAACAAGUCAUCUUUGAAGGGUGUUUUGUACUAAACGUCAUUUAAUUAUUCAGAUUUUAAAGGGGGAAAAAAGGUAUGGCAGCUCUCCCCAUAGUGAGCUGUUUAUUUAAAUUUCAUUAAGGAGGAAAAAAAAAAUUAUGGUGAGACGCACGCUCCUUUCAACUUGUUUGGUACUGACAGCUGAUAGAAGCUAUUUUCUAAUAAUAAACAUCCAGUGUGUGAAAGACAAA